AUCGUGUUGUAUCGGAAGCAGUCUUUGCGCGACUCUCGUUGAGCGCACAUCGAGUUGGAAGAAUAUAAGAAGAGGAAUUGGUGAUUGAUUGAUAGUUCAGUUUAUCCACAAAAUGACAUCACCGUACGAGAACAUCUACCCAAAAUCUUACCAGUUUUGUUGCUUACUCACAAAGUGCUGCUUUUGUAUACCCUUGAGAACAGGUUGCUUUAUACUUGGAUAUAUUAGUUUGAUUCUCAACUUCAUAAUCACGCUGUUUUUUAUUGGAACUUUAGCCUUUUUGGCAGUGUACACGCAUGGAUUCCGUUACAUAUACACGAAACAGAAUGAAAAUGGUGAAAAUGUGCCCGAUGAAGACUCUAUGGAUAGUUCCAAGUUAAAUUCCACUGUGGCAAUCAUUGUUUUGGUCGGAUGUUUGAAUGUUGGUUGGUUUGUGAUGAAUAUUGUACUGCUUGUUGGACUGCACAGGAAACGCCCUGGUCACAUAAAGUUGCAUGUGUGCGUGGCGACAAUAAGACUUGUACUGUCCAUUGCGGGGGUAUUAAUAUAUGGAGCCCACACCACUAACUCUAUGUUAGUUUGCUGUAUGGAAAUCGCUCUAUCAGGAUACUUCAUUCUCCUAUACUACGUGUACGCAGUACAACUGGAACGAGAACAAACCACUUUACGCCAGAUCAAACCAGAAAUCAGACCAGUAUCGCAAAUUGUCAGAGAUGUCAUCUUUAACUAUCCUCAAGCUAUUGACAAGGUUACGUUAACUAAUAAAGAUGAACAUUCAACCGUCUAAGAUUAACUAACGAUAGGAUUUUUGUGGCAUUUGGCUAAAACAUCUGAUAGUUUAACUAUGGUUCCAAGAAAUCAUGAGUGAAAAGUAUAAAAUAAAAUGCUAAUGUAAUUAAUUAGAGGUAGGUAUAGAGGGAUAGAACUGUUUUAAUGUAUUAUUGUUUUGAAUGUAAAUUGUAUGUGAAGUAGUCUAAUGCGACAUUUUUUUUUCCUUUAUUUAUUGUAUUGCACUUGAAGUAAAAAUAGGUUUUGAACUUGGAAAUAACUGUGUAGACAAGUGCGGGGAAUAAGUGUUUUUUUUGUAUUUGGUGUAAUUAAUAGAAAUAUUUGUAAAUACAUUUAUUUUCUCAAACAAUUACAUAAUUGGUAAGA